AUGGCAAACAGCAGCAGCGUUAACAGUCAACCCGUGUCGACUCUCUACUCCUCCUACCCCUUCCCGACCUUCACCGCCCGCGACCUCGCCAACAUGACCGAGGUGACGUUCGCCAAGAGCUUCCUGGGCGCCCUCGACGCCCGCCCCGUCAAGCUGUCCCCCGACCAUGUCGAGGAUCCCAAGAACCACCCCGCCAGGAGCGCCUACAUCCUCCCCCGCAUGCCGCGCACCAUGUCGAAACCCUCCUCGCAAAAGACGGCGCCGGGCUCGGAGCGCUCACUGACGGUGACGCUGAAGUCGCUGCGCAACCCGCCGCUCGACAUCAAGCUGAGCUCGCAGUCGCUCAACACGUCGGUGCUGGACCUUAAGGGCGCCGUGGUGGAGCAGACGGGCAUCGCGCUCGACAAGAUCAAGCUACUACACAAGAAGAAGCCCGUCGUCGACAGCAAGGUGCUGAAGGACCUGGCCGCCGACGGCGAGACCACCGUCGAGUUCAGCGUCAUGGUGCUGGGUGGGGCCGCCGCCGUGCCCAAGGCCGUGGCGCAGUCGUCAUCGUCGGAUGUCGCGCAGGGGCCCAGUGGGAACGAGGUGUUGGAGACGUCGGAGUUCUGGGACGACCUGAAGGGCUUCCUGCUGCAGCGGUUGCGGGAUGAGAAGGAUGCCGAGGUGCUAUAUGAUACAUUUCAGGCGGCGUGGAAGGCGAAGAGGUGA